CAUAGGAGGUACCGCAGUAUUCACUUAAUGGGGUCGUAGGUGGAAACAUCGCAAACACACAACGCACAAGAGCAUCGACCAAGCUUUAGACCCGAGCAUAUGAGGUUCGCGGUUGUUCGCUCUAGUUGAAUCGUAUGGCAUUUGUGCACGAGAACGAUGUGCGGGCAUGAAUAUGAAAGACUGGCUUUAAGAUUCGCAGCGUCGAAAGAUGGCGCUUUGGCGCAGGAGGCGGGCAGCUGUGCGAUGCGUCACUUGGUGGAGAGUUGCUACCUGAGGCACGGAGACAAGUUCUGGGGAAUGGAAGCAAACAAGCUCUGGCGAACGUGCACCAAGAAGAUGAGAGCGAGGCAAAAAAGUCUAGUACGGCGGGGAAACUCUGCGCUGGGUACGCUUUUAACAAGGGAAAUUUACAAAUGCGCACGGAGGCUUGCACCAGAGCGACCACUCAGAAGGGAAGUGGGAUCGCGAACUGUGGGAGAUCCUGGAUGGGGAUGCUUGGCCCAGAUUUUUCAUGCCUGUCGAUCAGCCGCCGAGCAGCACAAUCCUUAUUGGACAGGGGCUGGUAGUAGCCAAGACGAAAACAUAAAAAAACCAGGGCCCGUGCCAACAAGAUACAAUACUUCCAGAGACGACCUCAGCCAUCAUGGCAAUGCCCAAAACUACAGAAAGCAAGGUCAAGUGUUUGAUUUUGGCAUGGAAGACAGCAGGCCAGUGGUCGAGCUAUUAGAAAAGGAGUGGCACAAAGUAUCAGAGCCCUCUGAAUCAGUACAGCUUGAACUCCAAAGCGAGUCGAAGUGCGUAGAACUUCAGCCCUCGCAGCAGGCUUUGCUGACAAAUGCACACGAGGUGGGGAUCAGAAGAUUUCGUGAGGCUAAGUAUCAGCCAUUCAAGAUCACUCCUAGUGGUGAAAUUUGUAAAUUACAGUCCUUAUGGCGUGCCACUAUCGCUCGUCACAUGUGUAGCGCGGCACUCAAGGAUAGAUGCUCUCUUAGAGUAGCCAUAACAGCUACACAGACCAAGUUCUUAUAUGAGUAUACGACCAAGUGUUGUCAAACCACAUCUUUAAGCAAUUUUCGUGCGACCCGGACCCUGCAACAGCUUCGCAGGGACAAGAAAGCCAGAGAAUUAAAAUCACCGAGGUGUCAAGUGACUGCUACUUUUUGCCCUAUAUCCCUGGGGGGCGCAACCAGGACAAAGGCGAGUCGGCUGAUGCGGGCACGUAAAACGGAUGGCAAUCUGCGGGCUGCUCUAGCUGCAUCCGACACCACUAUUAUUAGGAUGCAAGAUGAGCUAAACCUACUUCACGCGACUCAUACUGUUGUAUUGGAUGAAGUUCAUAAUCUGGUGAAGGCCACUCGCUCACUUUCUGCAAUUAUUGCUAAUGGAGCCAUAUUUUCAGCCACCGCGUAUAACUUCACACCAGCACGUGAUGCUCUCAAGUCAAACGAGCCAAAUGUUGCGCUCCCGAUUCUCCGCAAGCUUAAAGUUCUGAGCGAGCGCCAUAUUGGUUGCUGCUUGAAAAUGGUUCAAGUGGGAAUGCCCUUUGCCCUUGUCCGCUUACUUGGUCAAGCAGACGACGCACGUGCACUACUUUCAUUUGAAAUCCUCGAAAAUUUAGCAAAAUGGCAAAUUAGCGCCAUUGCAGAUACUGGCGUAGUUAUUGCUCUCACGCGCACCCUCCUACUCAGCGUCACUCCCGAGGUUAAAGACCAGGCGGCACGCACUCUUGCGCUUUUCCAGCCAACUGAGUACUUCCAAAGUGGGUUCAGGUGCGCCAUCUCCAACACAAACACAGGCAUAUUGCUAGUAGACAAGUUAUUUCUUAAAAGAGCCGGUAUUCACGAAGCGUUCCUCGCUAAAAUUGACUGAAAAAAAAUUGAAUGAAAAAAACGAGGAAGCUGAUUGUUGGUUCCAUUAAAAAAUACACUGCCUCACGGUGCACGACGACGCUUUUGGCGGCACGACGACGCUUUUGGCGCUGCUGCAGUCGACCACCGCGGCCAAGGCGGCGGCUCUGAAGGACCCAUAAGGCCUUAGAUACGGCUCUGACCACAGCGUGGUGCCGGUAGCAUGGCUUCUAGGGAACUUACGCUGCGCCAGCUGUCACUAGGACAAACGACCCAAGUUCUGCAUGCAGAAAAGAAGCGCAAAAUUUGCGGCUUGGAGAAAAUUGAGGCCUUGAGGUUCUUCCCUUGGGUUCUCGAGGACCUGGCCCGGCACGGACACCAAGCCAGGAGCGCCGUGCGUCGCGAACAAAAGUUGCCGAUAGUGCCUGGAUUUUAAAAUCUAGUGAAGGAAGUGGAUGCCUAAGUGAAUGAUCGUCCCCAUAGGACGAUGGCGGUGGACUGUCGGAGUCCGAUGAUUCUAUGGGCCAGCGAGCAGGACGCCGGGGCGGCGGAGAGAGCAGGCCCGGGG